CGCAGCUGAAGGAAAGCGAUACCACUCGCAAUGUGUGAGGAGGCAAAGAGAAGACAAGUCGGUAUUUGUUUGCUAUGCGGCCUCCCUGGUGCGGGAAAAUCUACGCUAGGUUGGUCGUUGAGCUCAACAACACUGCGCCAGCGCUUCGCCGUGAUUUCUUAUGACAAGAUUAUCACUGCGGAAACCUUUCAGCUUGCACUCCAGGAUGAGCUCGACCAAUCUCGCGAGAUCCCCCCCAGUUCCGCGUUACUCAAGACUCAGGAAACAUCUCACUGGAAGCAGCAUCGCCAGUAUCUCUUGGAAUACCUGGAGCAUCUUCUAGUGGCUCUGCUUAACACCUCAGAAUUAAGGCCUCCAGAGGGUAAAUGUGAUGGAACCUGGUAUCGUUUUGUUGACUGCUUGGAAGAACAAGGCUUAAUAUCUUCCGCUGGAUCCAGCACGGAGAAAGGGACUCAUUCUGUGAUCAUCUCAGAAAACGACGAGGUCUGUCUUGUGCUGGAUGAUAAUUUCUACUACCAGAGCAUGCGCUAUGAGGUGUAUCAGCUGGCGCGCAAGUAUUCCUCGGGUUUCUGCCAGAUCUAUUUGCACUGCCCAGUUGAGAGCUGCGUGCUGAGAAAUAAAGGGAGGCCUGUUUCUAUAGCGGAGGAUACAAUCCGGCUCAUGGAUAAAAAAAUACAAAAGCCUAAUCCUGAGAAAAACUCAUGGGAGCAAAACAGCCUGGUCCUGGACAGCUCACAGCUGAUUAAAGCAGACGAUCACAGAAUAGUCAAUCUGGUAAAUCAGGCUAUGGCUAACCCUUUGAGACCGCUGCAGGAAAAUCUGGAGAUUAAGGAUAAGGAUCGUGCCAUUACUGCAGCCAGUAUUCUCCAUCAAGCUGACCAAAGCAUAAGGCGUUGCAUCUCCGAGACCAUGAGGAGAGUUAAAGGUACAGCUUCAGCCCAUGAAAUGAAAGUUGCUGCUCAGGAGCUUCAGUCGGCAAAAUCACAAUUUUUGGAAGACUUGAGGGAACGUUUAUGUGAAAAGGGGAUUCAGCCUAUGACUGCCUGCAACGCUACUACUAUAGUGUCCUUAUUUAAAGAGCAGACUGACCACAUUGUUCAGCCAUUUCUGGCCACAGAGCAGAGCUGCUGCCUGGAGCCAAAUCUAGACUGUAAUGAUAGAGCUUCUGGCAUCUCCUAGUGCUGUGACAGUGGAAAUCUGUGCACCACUGCAACACAUAUACAUGGUCCCCAUUAAGAGGUGACAUUUCUGCAGCUUCACCUGGGCUGUAAAUACCGAUAAGACUGUCGUACUUUGUCAAAGCGGAAAGUAAUGAUUAAAACUUGGUUCUCAACCCCCUCAAGACAA